AAUUCACAUUUUUGAAAUUAAAUAUGUACGGCAAUCAAAUCACUUAUUAUUGAAGAGUUGAACUCAAACCCUACCGGCUUGGGUGCUGGUGUGGCGAUCGGAGCGAGGCUUGGAUUUCAGCCAAAAUCAGAAGAGGAAGAAGAAGAAGAAGAAGAAGAAGAAGAAAAAGGAGAGAGAGAAUGGGGGCUAGGGUUCCUGUGCCGCACUACAACUUGAGGUCAGCUAAUUCCUUCAUCGGAAACUCUUUGCACGAUCUCAAUACGGUUGAAUCCCGCUCCGCAGAGAUGGACGCCAUUGGAGAUGUUGAUCGUGAAGCUGUUGAUACCGAUAGUUUGGACCAAGACCACGACUCCACUGCGGUUGAUUGUAUGCAUGAAUCCUAUAGGAAUUCCUUACCACUCCACUCUGGAGUGGAAGAAGAUCGCUCUAGCUUGGACAACAUUGAGCCUUCGAGGAGAGCCUACAAUAUUUUGACGAUUGAGGAUAUUUCUCCUAUUGAAGCUGCAAGAGCUAGAUUUCUACAAAUUAUUGUGGAUUAUUUUAUUAAUCAUCACAUCAUUGAAGUGGUUGAUCAUGAGGCUGACUAUAGUGCGCAAACAGGCCAAGAUAAACUGAAUAAGAGGAAGACAAGAGAUAUCCAUUAUGAAGGUGAUCCUAGGUUUGCUUUGCCCUUAAUGUACGUUGCCAAUAUGUACGAAACUUUGGUUAGUGAUGUAAACAUGAGGAUUGCUUCAUUGAAUGGUUUUCGUGAAAAGACAAUUGGGGUUGCCCUUGAAGCUGCUGGUGGUUUGUACAGAAGGCUGGCCAAGAAGUUUCCUAAGAAAGGCUCAUGCAUAUAUAAAAGAAGAGAGCUGGCCACUUCUCUUGAAACAAGGUCAAGGUUUCCAGAAUUAGUUAUACAAGAAGAAAAGAGAGUUCGUUUUGUGGUGGUCAAUGGAUUGGAUAUUGUUGAGAAACCUAAUAAUAUGCCCAUAGACGAUGCUGAGUGGUUCAAGAGAUUGACUGGCCGGAGUGAAGUUGCUAUCUCUGCUCAAGACUAUAAGUUUUAUACAGCAAGGCACAAGUACAGGCGUGCUGCAUCAAAUACCAUGUCCAAUAUUCCUGGUUUGCCUGCAUUUUCUGGUACAGAUAAUUCUUCUCCAAUGGCUACUACUCAUGGGUUUCGUUCUGUCAGUGAACCACAGAAUCCGCAACAAAGUCCUUCCAAGCAUCAUGUAUCACCACUAUCACAUCAGCCUCAGUUUCAUCCUAUUCAUCAUCAGAACCAUCACCAAUCAAUUCACCAAAAUCACCAUGCAGCCCAUUUUCCCCAAAAUCAUCAAUGUGGACCUGCAUCACAUUUGCCUGACAUUGCUCAUUCUCACCAGUCAUCAACCAUUUCUCAACAUAUGGCUUGCUUGCAACCCCUUACGGGAACUCAUAGUGGACAACGCUUGCAUGUAAUGCCAACCAGUCCAGCAAAGUUUUGUGAUGAAUGUGGAGCUAUGUAUCUUAGAGAGACUUCCAAGUUCUGCUCCGAAUGUGGUGUAAAGAGGUUAGGGAUUUGAUAUUAUCUAAAAUCCUAGUUGUAGAAGAACCUAAAAUUAUUAUUAUUUUUUUUUGGUAUAUCAUCUGUAAAUUAUUGUCUUUUAAGUAAUAUUUAAAAGAAUCUGCAUAGAAAAUUUGAAGGGCAGAUAGUUAUGUAUUGUAUAUCAUUCAGUUAUUAAGUAAGCUUAAAUUUGGUGCAUAUGGUUGAAGAUGAACGGCUUUAAUUAAGGUUUGUUCAUGAACGGCUCAUAAAGUCAUGAGCUAUGUUCACAGAAAUAAACGGGUGGAGCAUUCCAAAGCACGAGCUUGGCUCAUUUACUAAAUGAACCUAGAAUUUGGGUUCAAGCUCGUCUAUUAAGCCUGACAAAUGUGGCGCACUGAGCAUUUAUGGAGCCAAGUUUUGAGUAGAUUUCAAGGGAUUCUCUUCGCUUAGACAUGCUGCAUUAGGAAUUAGGAAUCAAGACUUAAGAAAGCUUAGUUCAGAUAGUGUAUAUACCUGGAAAAUGGUUUGCAUUUAUUUAGGUCAUGUUUGAUUGUAUGUAAUGACUAUUCUCUGAUUUUUAAGAUUAAAUUUAUUUUCUUUUU